AUGUUCGGUCGGAUGAAGGAGGGCUUGGGAAGCAUGAGGAAGAAAGAAUCUCCUCUGGAGACCCAGCUCAAAGAGGCAACAUCGAGAGAGAAAUGGGGCGUGCCCAACACGACCUUGCAGGCCAUAGCGACGGCCACCAACAACAUGGAAGACUGUGACAUGGUCAUGAGCUUCAUCUGGAAGAUCCUUCAGGAGAAGAAGGACAAGGAGUGGCGACGCAUCGUGAAGACGAUGGCUUUGCUGGAGGUCAUCCUCAAGCACGGCAGUGAACGGGCAAUCCAGGACGUACGGAGAGACCAGUGGAGAAUUCAGCAGUGGAAAGAGUUCCGCUUCAUGGAGGAGGGCAAAGAUGUUGGGGCCGGCAUCCGAUCGAAGGCUGCUGCCAUCUUGGAGAUGCUGACAGAUGAGGAGUACCUGCAGGAGGAAAAGGAGAAGGCACAGAAGCUCUCGCAGAAGAUGACUUCCGUGGGCGCACCGGGGAGCGUUGACAACAAGCAGGCUGGCGGUUCCAGCGCCUUCAAGUCACCUUUCGACCGGGCACGGCGGCCGUGGAGGCGGAAGCAGCCGGAGGAGAGUCCACACUCCAGUCCGAGCUCCCCAGUCGCUGGACGACUGCCUCAAUCCGAGGCCGACGUCGCGGCGAUGGUACAGCUCUUCAUGAACAUGACCAACGAGAGCAGAUUGACUGCGCAGGAUUGGCUAGAGAGGCACAGCUGGAAUGUCGAGGAGGCUGUGUUCAAGUACAUGAACCAAAGAGGAGGGCCCCGCCCAGGAGACGACAGGCCCGGCAUGAUGGAGCGGAAGUCACGCGCCGAGCAGUUCAUGACCAUAGCGAAGGUAACGGAGAAGGAGGCCGAGGAGUAUCUGGAGCGGUGUGCCUGGAACGUGGAGGAAGCCCUGGACAAGUUCCUGGCCGAGGGAGCCAAAAGUGCUCCUCCAGCCUCCAAGCCCAGCAGCAAGCCGGCAGCAAAGCCUCGCGCUCCUUCAACCUCGAGCUCCUCCGGCUCUGAGUCCUACUCCGACGAGUCCGAGGAGGAGCCGAGCAAGCCUUCUGCGCCAGGAGGCUGGCCACAAGCUGGCGGCGACGCCGGAGGCUGGCCGAGCAGCGCCUCCGGAGGAGGCGGUUGGCCCUCCAGCAACGGCCAAAAGGGCGGUGACUGGCCGGAUAACUCAGGGGGCUGGCCCCAGAGCAACGGCCAGAAGGGCGGCGGAGGCGGCUGGCCUGGAGGAGACAAGGGCGGUGGCAAGGGCCCAGGGGGCCCAGGUGGCCCCUGGGGCGCCUCAGCACCCGGCUCGGGCUGGGGCGGUGGUGGCGCUGAGUGGGGAAGCAGCGGGAAAGGCGCCCUUGGUCCCGCCGCUGCCGGCGACGGCAAGGGCUUCGGAGGACCCCCCGGGGGCAAAGGCGACCCCGGAAGCGGCUGGGGUGGGUCCUCCAUGAGUGGCGGCUACGGCGGAGGCAAGGGCUUCGGCAGCGUGCCGGGAGGUGCAGGCAAUCCCUUCGGCGGCGGUGGCGAUACCUUCCCACCGCAGAGCCAGGCUCCUCGGCCUCCUGGUCCCGGCCCCUUCGGCUCCUCCUCCGGGAGCAAAGGUGGCUUCGGCGGUCCUCCAGCGAGUGGCUUCGGUGGCCCGCCUUCUAGCGGUGGCUUCGGGAGCCAAGCACCCGCAGGCUUCGGCGGUGGCAAAGGCCCAGCCGCUGGGAAUCCCUUCGGCGGUGGCCAGGCUCCUGGAGGCUUUGGAGGCCCCCCGACGGGCGGCUUCGACAAAGGUGGCGGGCCGAAAGGCGGCUGGGAUGCUCAGAAGGGAGGAGGGCCGCCGCCUGGGUCUGGAGGUUUCGGCAGCAAAGGCGGUGGCGCUGGAAAUCCCUUCGGGGCUGCCCCUGGUCCAGGGGGUCCUGGUGGCUUCCAAAGCCAACCUCCUGGUGGCUUCGGAGGCCAGCCUCCUGGUGGCUUCGGAAGCCAACCUCCUGGUGGCUUCGGAAGCCAACCGGCGGGAGGCUUCGGAAGCCAGCCGCCGGGAGGUUUUGGAGGUGCCCCGAAGGGCGGCUUCGGCAAAGGCCCAGCCGGACCUUUCGGUGGUGGUGGUGGUGGUGGAGGUGGAGGCUAUGGCGGCUGGCCGAGCUAA